GUACUAGUUUGUUUUAUAAUGAUAUCAUUUUCUGAAAAAGUAUAGUCUUUACAUUAUAAGCACUUCACCAAUAAUGCAAUUGAAUGAUUCCCUGGAUGAUGACUUUUUACUUGGAAGGUCUCCUCUUACAUACAACAUCUCCUUCAAUAUUGUAGUCAUUGAGACUAAGUUCAUCUCUUUGGCAUCAAGUUUCUAUCCCUCUGAUUUUCAUCUAAGAACAAGCACACAGAUAAUUCAUCUCCUUCAACCCUUUGCCCUAAUCUUCUUUCCUUCCAUCAGAACAAGCACACGGAUAAUUCAUCUCCUUCAACCAUUUGCCCUAAUCUUGUUUCCUUCCAUCAGAACAAGGUUGUAUUUUGCAAUGGAGUAUGUGGAGCUAUUGAAAGAUAUGUGGUCAUCCAUUUCUAAUUACUUCAACUACCACAAAAUUCUUAAUGAGAAUCUCACAACUCUAAGAGAGAAAAGGAGAAGACUCGAGUGUCGAGAAGAAGAUAUCAAUACUGUGUUAGAAAAUGCACAGAACAACCGUCGAAAGAAGGCAAAGAGAGAAGUUGAAAAUUGGUUGAUGGAAGUGCAAGUUGUAAAAGACGAUGCACAACAGAUAGAACAAGAAGCUGGAGAGAGAAGAUAUUUUUCAAGAUUCAGUUUCCUAAGCCAAUUUGAAGCGAAUAUGAAAAAGGUAGAUGAGAUGUUUGAGUCGGGGAAUUUUCCUAAUGGGAUUUUAAUUGAUGUACAUCAAGAUGAAGGAAAUGCAUUGUUAACAGCACAGCUAAUAGGUGAAACUACAUACAAAAGAAAUUUGGAGAACAUUUGGACAUGCUUAGAGAAAGGUGAAAUCCAAAGCAUUGGAGUUUGGGGAAUGGGAGGGAUUGGCAAAACAACUGUCGUUACUCAUAUUCACGAUUUGCUCUUGGAAAAUAGGGACACUUUCGGUCAUGUCUAUUGGGUGACUGUAUCAAAAGACUCCAGCAUUCGUAGGUUGCAGGAUGCUAUUGCUGGAAAAAUAAAUUUAGAUUUCUCAAAAGAGGAAGAUGAAAAGAUAAGAGCUGCUUUAUUAUCAGAAGCAUUGCAGAAGAAAAAGAAAUUUGUUCUUCUAUUAGAUGACGUAUGGGAAGUUUAUGUCCCACGGGCGGUUGGAAUUCCAAUUGGAGUUGAUGGAGGAAAACUAAUCAUAACCAGCAGAUCAAGGGAUGUGUGCCUAAGAAUGGGAUGCAAAGAAAUUAUCAAAAUGGAACCACUUUCUGAGGUAGAAGCAUGGGAGCUUUUCAACAAAACACUUGAGCGGUACAAUGCACUGAGUCAAAACGAAGAAGAAAUAGCCAAGGAUAUUAUCAAGGAAUGUGGCGGUUUGCCUCUUGCCAUUGUCACUACAGCUAGAAGUAUGAGUGUUGAGUAUAGCAUUGCUGGAUGGAGGAAUGCAUUGAAUGAGUUGAGGGAACAUGUUGAAGGGCACACAAUCGACAUGGAAAAUGAUGUAUUUAAAAUAUUGGAAUUCAGCUACAAUCGCUUGAAUAAUGAAAAACUUCAAGAAUGUUUAUUGUACUGUGCAUUGUUUCCUGAAGAUUAUAAGAUUAGAAGAGUGUCUUUGAUCGGAUACUGGAUUGCUGAGGUGUUGGUAGAAGAAAUGGGAAGUUGGCAAGCAGAGCGUGAUAGAGGGCAUGCUAUAUUGGACAAACUUGAAAAUGUGUGUUUGUUGGAAAGAUGUGACAAUGGAAAAUAUGUAAAGAUGCAUGAUGUGAUUAGGGACAUGGCUAUCAACAUAUCGAAAAAGAAUUCUCGAUUCAUGGUGCAAAUCGGAAGAAAUCUGGAAGAUCUCCCAAGCGAUAUAGAGUGGUCAAAUAAUAAUGUAGAAAGAGCUUCAUUAAUGGGAAGUGGCGUCCUUUCAACUUUGAUGUUUGUACCAAACUGGCCUAAGCUUUCCACCCUGUUUCUUCAAAAUAACAUGCUUUCUUAUUCAUCUCGGCAUACUCUAGAUAGAGGUCUUCCAAAUUCCUCCUUUGUGCACAUGCUGGGCCUUAGAGUUCUAAACCUGUCAGACACAAACAUUGCAUUCCUACCAAAUUCUAUUUAUGACAAAGUGAAACUUCGAGCUCUAAUUCUUUGUAAUUGUCCAAAAUUAAAGCGGGUAGGUUCAUUGGCAAAGCUUAAAGAAUUGAGAGAGUUGAAUAUCAGUGAUAGUCAAAUGGAAACAAUACCUGAUGGUAUAGAGAAAUUGGUCCACCUUAAACAUUUCAAUUGGUCCUCAGAUUCUUUCUAUUCCAAUCCUCUUUCCAAUCCUCUUUCCAAUCUUUUUUCCUAUCUUGUUCAACUGCAGUGUCUAAGACUUGAUGAUUCAAGACUUCCGGAUGUAGGAGUGGAGGAGCUGAGUGGGUUGAGAAAGUUGGAGAUCCUUGAAGUCAAGUUUUCCAGUCUACACAAUUUCAAUAGCUACAUGAUGACAGAACACUACGGAAGACUUACUCACUAUCAUGUUGGAUUAAAUGGAUUCGGAUAUUUUCUAUCAGGAGAAACUGGAAUUUGUAAAGCAGUAACAGUGGAGCAAUUUAAUCUGGAAGGAGGAAAAGACAAUGAUGACUACCAUCUUGUGCUCCCUACCAAUGUCCAGUUUUUCCAGAUAAAACAAUGCCAUCUUCCCACUGGCUUAUUGGACGUUUCUCAAUCCCUCAAGAUGGCGACGGAUUUAAAAGCAUGUUUGAUAUCAAGAUGCAAGGGGAUAGAAUACUUGUGGUGGGUAGAGGACUGCAUUGCCUCAUUAAACACAUUGUGGCUUGAUAAAUUGCCAAGCUUAAGGGUUCUCUUCAAAUUGAGACCAAUCGAUAUUGUACGUUGUUCCAGUCUCAAGAGCUUGUACGUGAGUUACUGUCACAAUCUCAAGCACUUGUUCACGCCUGAGUUAGUGAAGUACCACCUCAAAAACCUUCAAAGCAUUCAUGUCGGCAAUUGCAGACAAAUGGAGGAUCUAAUAGUAGCAGCAGAGGUAGAAGAAGAAGAAGAAGAAGAAGAAGAAGAAGAAGUCAUUAAUCAAAGGCAUAAUCUCAUCCUCUGUUUCCCCAACUUACAGAGUUUGAUGUUGGAAGAUCUACCAAAAUUGAAGAGCAUAUGGAAGGGAACAAUGACUUGUGAUUCUCUACAACAACUUACAGUAUUCAAUUGCCCAAAGCUUAGAAGGCUUCCUCUUUCUGUGCAAAUAAACGAUGGUAGUGGAGAAAGACGAGCUUCAACACCGCCCCUCAAACAAAUCAGAGGACAAAAAGAGUGGUGGGAUGGGUUGGAAUGGAACACACCUCAUGCCAAAUCUAUAUUUGAACCCCUUACUACGUUUGAAAGCGACACGGAUUAUUAUUCGAUAAUAUCUGAUUUCAUGAUUGAUGUACAAGAUAUUUUUGAAGAUGUGUGUUUUUUGAAUAGGAAUUUUGAUGCUGAGACGAUGUGAAAUCAAUUCGGAAGAUUCUUGAUUGGGCAACAUGACAUCAAAAUGCAUUUGUAUAUGCAUAUUGAUCCUUUUAAUUUGCAAGACACUAAAAGUUUCAAACUUUUUUUUUUAAUCUCAUGUCUAAUUAUAAUGUUGUAUUUAUUUGAAGAUAUUAUUUAAGAUGACUCAUUGUUAUGUUAUGCUUGUAAUGUCAGUAUUUUUAUGGUAUCAUAUGAUA